CGCCUGGCGGAGGACGGCUGGAGGGACCUGGGCUACGAGUACAUCAACAUCGACGACUGCUGGUCUGCCAAGCAGCGGGAUGCGGCGGGACGGCUGGUUCCCGACCCCGAGAGGUUUCCCAGGGGGAUUAAGGCCCUGGCUGACUAUGUCCAUGCCCGGGGCCUGAAGCUGGGCAUUUAUGGUGACCUGGGCACCCUCACCUGGGGUGGCUACCCAGGCACCACGCUGGACCGUGUGGAGCAGGAUGCCCAGACCUUUGCAGAGUGGGGUGUGGACAUGCUGAAGCUGGAUGGGUGCUACUCGUCGGGAGAGGAGCAGGCGGAGGGCUACCCAGAAAUGGCGAGGGCCUUGAACGCCACAGGCCGCCCCAUCGUCUACUCCUGCAGUUGGCCAGCGUAUCAGGGGGGGCUUCCCCCCAAGGUGAACUACACCAUCCUGGCAGAGAUCUGCAACCUGUGGCGUAACUAUGACGACAUCCAGGACUCCUGGGACAGCGUGCUUUCCAUCCUGGACUGGUUCUCUGCAAACCAGGACGUGCUGCAGCCAGCCGCUGGCCCCGGCCACUGGAAUGACCCGGACAUGCUCAUCAUUGGAAACUUUGGCCUUAGCGAUGAGCAGUCCCGCUCCCAAAUGGCCUUGUGGACGGUGAUGGCAGCUCCGCUCCUCAUGUCCACGGAUCUCCGCACCGUCUCCGCGAGCGCCAAGGAGAUCCUGCAGAACCGCCUGAUGAUCCAGAUCAACCAGGACCCCCUGGGAAUCCAGGGGCGCAGGAUUGUCAAGGAGAAAUCCCACAUCGAGGUGUUCCUGCGCCCGCUAUCCCAGGCCGCCAGUGCCCUUGUCUUCUUCAGCCGGAGGACGGAUAUGCCCUUCGUCUACACCACCAGCCUGGCCAAGCUCCACUUCCCUGAGGAUGCCGUGUAUGAGGUACAAGAUGUGUACAGCGGGAAGAUCAUCAGCGGCUUAAAGACGGGAGACAGCUUCUCGGUCGUUAUUGACCCCUCAGGGGUGGUGAUGUGGUAUCUCUCUCCCAUGGCGCUCCCGGCGCAGCCCUGGCAUGUUGUCAGACAGCAAGCCCCCGGCGAGGGUUUCCACCCGGUCCUCCUGUGACGAGGCUCAGCGGAUCAGGGUGUGGGUCAGCGCCAGGGUGAGCCACAAGACCCUGGGGCAUGUGGCUCUUCACUGCCUUUCGCUGGUGUGCCCAGCAGUGCUGGGGAGUGACCGUCAGGUCAUUCCUCCGGUACCACCUUGAUGACGUCUACUCGGUCUGCGUAAAGCAGGAAUUCUUCUUACCCACCUCCUAAGGGUGUGCAGAGCAUGAUUCCUCGGUGAUUGCAAAGCCCUUUGAGAUCCUCCUGUGGAAGAUGCCAUACAAGCAGAGUCCAGCCACUGUUGGAGUUUGUCAGCUCUGACACCUGAGCACUUUACCGCUCUGAAUUGAGCAUCACUAACCACUGCAGGGGCUGUUUGAACUAUGCCUGUAGAAAGGCCUUGGAUGCUUUAGAAUCUUCUAGGGUGGUGACCCCCCUCUCCCCGCCAUGUGUGAUGGCAUUAGCUUCAAGGAUCAGACCUGGCCACCUUCUUUCCUCUGCUAUAAUCAGCUUGGCUUAGAAUAACGGGCUGUCAAUAGGGCUGCGCCCUUCCCAUGUACCCUCCCCAGGACCAAGAGCUCCUGGAGGCAUGAUGGUCCUGUGCAGAGAGGCUUUGCUUGCAAGCCUGAUCCUGCCGCCAGGAUCCUGGAGGCCAGCACUACUACAGCCUAGCAUGCACGCUAGCAUUGGAUUAAAGCCCCUCUGGUAUCAGUUUACAGCAGAGCAGAGCAAAAACCUGAGCUGGCCAUGCACAACCCCAGCAGCCUUGCUGUGGUACGGCACCAAACACUGCAGAGCCGCAGCGUGUUGUGCACGAGUGGUGUCGGGAAGGUGCUGAUGCUCAUUUGGAGUCUUUUGAGUUGGGAGAUGAUGACAGGUGCCUCCGAGCUGCAAGCUGCAUCCUGUUCUUGCUCUAGCAGGAAAUUCCUGCUAAAAGGGGGCUCAGGCCUUCCUCCAGUGGGCUGAACAGUUGGGCUUUCUCAGGGAGGGACUCCUCCUUCUCCCAAGGGCAGCUACAUGCACAGCCCCAUCCUGAGGAGGAGCCUACGCUAAUAAACUGGAAGUGAGCGGCAGGACAGACUCUAGAGCCCUCAACUGAUUCACCUUUACACAGCACACAUCCUACGGAGGAGUUUUAGGUGGGACGUGGCCCACCCCGACUGUCCCAGAGAGGGUGCAGCAUUUGUGAAGAUUGCCUCUAAAGAUUGUAGCCCAGGGAGACCGAUAAGAUUAAUCCUCAGACCAGAGAAAUACCACAUUUUAGAUUAGCCCCUCCCCCCCUCCCCAAAAAAACAGUUUCCCUUUUCUAUUCAGAUGAUGAAGGAGGGUUGGGUGCCCACGCCGGUUCCUGCAGGACCGGCAAAUCAGCCAUUUGGCUGAUUCUGGCCACUUCCAGAAACUUCUCUGAGUGUAGCAGCAAGAUACUGAACACGCUGCUUGCAGUGCUAACAGGAAAGGACGAAUGCACUUCAUGUCUGUAUACAGGAGCUGGCUUUGUUCUUGGGGAGUGAUUGAGACAAAUUAACUAAAAUAAAAGGGAAGCAGGUCA